AUGUAUAAAGUAAGCAAAUCCACAAAAAAUCGGGCUUUGAGGAAAAAGGUGGAUACAUUUCUUCAAAACCUUAAACCGAGCCUUAAACAAUCAGAAAAUCAAAGUCAUAGUUCUGAUACAAAUGCCAAUGACUCAAAAAAUGCUAAUCUUAGACCAAAUACCUCUUUUAAGCUUUGCUCUUAUGAUAUUGGUAACAUACAAAUUGAAACUCCCGUAGCCCAAGUACAAAGUAUCCAAGAGACUCUUCAAGUUUUAGGACCAACAUUUUCUGAGCCCCUUCACAAUAAUUAUUUGACUAACAAUCCCUCAAGCUCUUCAAAUUUCUCUCUUGUGGAAAGUAAAGUUAAUACCAAGACCAAAGACAGAAGGGUUCUGGUAAAUUUUAGCUUCUAUAUUGUGGAAUUUCCACAAGAAGAAGUAAAUGGAAGCUGCCCAAUGGCCAUUGUUUCCAAAAGAUCGGUAUUCAAGGAUGACGAAAUUGAUUAUUGCUGGUGGCCAAAUUUUAAAACUGACAGGGCUAGGGAACAUGCUGUCAAAAAUCAUGAUUUGGUUGGUCCGGAAAAUGGCAGUAUGUACCAAAUAAAAUAUAAAUACGAAAUAGAUAAUUAUGAAAAAGCUCACCGGAAGCUCAGGCAGUUAGAAACCACUUCAGACGUGGAAAGUGAAAUUGAAGCAAAAAGGAAACCUCAAACCCAAACUUUUAGGGACUUUGUGAUGGUCUCAGAGAACUCGUCAAGUAGUGAUGAUCUCCCAAUUAUAAAUCUGCCACAAAAUACGGCAGCUUCUACGCCGUUAUCAAAUAUUGAAAUUAUCACUGUCGAAGCAAACCCCAACCCUGACAACCUGUCCCAAAGACAACAAAAAAUAAAACAGUUGAAGAAAGGAGAACCACAGCAAUCAGAAAAUGGACAGAGAUCAUCAGAGUGUACAAACUGUCAAGAUUUACAUAAGUUGGUGACCGAGUUAUAUAGAAACCAAGUUAAAUCUAAUCAAGACAUAAAUGAUAGACUUGAUUACAUCACUGGGCUUCUUCAGAGGGAAACUGGAGGCCCAAUUGCUGAUUUAAAUAAUAAAGUAGUUAAUUUGCCCAUAAACACAAUGGAACAACUACAAAAUUUGGAGGAUCAACUUAAAAAUGAAAAUGAAUAUAAAAAGUAUAUGACUGAACCAAAGUCUUAUCCUUUUUUUGAGCAAGUGAAAAAUAAUUUGGGAAUAAUAAUACCUGAAACUCUGAAAAACAUUCUUAUGUUCACGGGUUACGAUAACUUUUACGCUUUAAAAAAGUUAGCAGAUUCCGAUAUCAAGGCUAUAGAACAGCAAGUUAGAUUUGAUUUGCCUGCUGUAAUCGAAGAGAAUGAGUUUCAAAAUUAUUAUGGAAUAUAUUAUAAAAAUCCUUCAGCAUUUAAAAUUUCAGCGGGUCAUAGAAAAAUUCUAUUUCAAAUUUCCGUGACAAUGGAAGAAAAAACACCAAAGAAAAUAAGAUCAGUCGAAAAAUCUAUAGAAGAAUCAUCUAAAGAUAAAGGAAUAUUAGUAAACUAUGAAGAAGAAAGGGCGACAGUCUCUAACGCAUUAUUAUCUUGGAUAAAGAAUAGGUCCAACCGGUGGAUGAAUUUUGAAGAAGCUUUGUUGGAGAAAAUUAAAAUCAAUAUUUACUUGGAUGACAAUGAUCGACUAAUAGGAAAAUUCACAUGCUUCUGUGAUAGUCGCACCUCUACUUAUACGAUUUCAAAAGUGGCGAAAAAGAUAGGAAAUAAAAAGCGAUGGCUCUACUCAAAUGUAUACAAGCAUUUUAAUUCAAAACACAUGUCGCCGUGUGAAGAAAAAGAAAAUAAUGAAGUAAAGAAAAAUGUACAGAAAAAUACGUUAUUCAAGUAUAUAGAUAGAAAUAUAUCGGACUCUACGGCGAGCACUUCGGCAGGAACGAGUAACUUACUGCACAGUUCUAAUAGUGAUGAAAUUGAGAAUGGAAAAGGAGAAGAUGCCAGUAUUAUUAAUCAACAGGACAGUUCUCAAGAUUCAAAAACUAGUUCAAAAAUAAACGUUAUAUAA